AUGCAAAUCUUUGUUAAGACUCUUACGGGUAAAACUAUUACUCUCGAAGUUGAACCAUCGGAUACAAUUGAAAAUGUGAAAGCUAAAAUCCAAGAUAAGGAAGGUAUUCCGCCAGAUCAACAACGUUUAAUAUUUGCUGGCAAACAACUUGAAGAUGGUCGUACACUUUCGGAUUAUAAUAUUCAAAAAGAAAGUACCCUUCAUUUGGUUUUACGACUUCGUGGUGGUACAAUUGAACCAACACUCCGUAUGCUUGCACAAAAAUAUAAUUGUGAUAAAGUCAUAUGUCGAAAAUGUUAUGCACGACUUCAUCCACGUGCUGUUAAUUGCCGUAAACGUAAAUGUGGUCAUACGAGUAAUUUACGACCAAAAAAGAAACUCAAAUAAACAUUUUUUUUUUUCUUCAUGCAAAAGAAACAUCUUAUAAAAUAACAAAAGAAGAAUAAAGAGGAAACAAAAUCCGAUUGCAUCUCAAUGAUUUUUUUUUCUUAUUUGAAGUUGAUAAAAUUUCCAGUAGAAAUAUAAUGAUGCUAUGAUGCAUAAAGUUCAAUAUCCUUGUGAAUUUGUUAGUUAAUCAUUUGCUUUAUGAUUGCAGAAAACAAAAAAAAAAACAUUGUUUCACUGAAAUAAAAUUAUAUAACAAAUUGUCAAAUGUUAUUAAACAUGUAUGAGAUCAGAACGAAUAGUAAAAUAUUAGUAGGAUUAGGCAUACAUUCAAAACUCAAUAACAAACUUUGAAUAUUGCUCAUUGAUUAUGAACUGUUUGAUUUAAUAAGAGAUUGAAAGGAUACUGAACAAACAACUCUGUUUUUUUUUCGAUUGGUUCAAUCAUGUAAUUUAACAAUGGUGCCGUAAUCCUUCUUUUGACAUUCUCUAAACAUCAUUCUUCUACCGAUAGAAAAAUGUUGUGUCACGUAGUUCAGUAAAUAAGCAUGGUUUUUCUUCAUUCAGGCAAAAACGAUCCAAACGGUUGGAAUGCGUGUGUAAUUGAAAUUAAGACUAAAAAUAAAAUAAUAGAAUAGAAUAGAAUAUUUUUCAAGUAAAAAUAGCGCUUAAAUAAAAUAAUUAUCAAAAUUUGUAUUAUUGUUUACUACAUCGUUGUAAUUCAUGUUACAAUAUAAAAACGAUCUAGUUCGAAAGAGGAAUAGCCGAACGCUCAUAUAUUGAAUAGUCCAGAAUAUCUAAUGCAAAUAGUUUUUAUAUUUGCAGAGCAUAAUUUUUACAGUUGAGUAUUUGAAACAUACAUAAUGAACAUAAUUUUGACUCAAAAACGAUUUGUCCGUUCGAAGACUUUCACGUUCACAAGAUAUUUAAUUUCUUAAAACAACGGCCAACGGCUUACUAUAGAAGGACACGGUCAUCGAAUCUACUCGGCCUUUGUCAUAAAGUGAAUUCAAAUGAUGUCUGAUAGUUGGAUAUAUUCCCUAAGUAAGAUCAAACGAUGGGUGUAGGUGUAGGUGUGGGUGUGGGUGUCUAAUGAACAAUGCAAACAUACGCACACUUAUAUUCACACCUAUACCCACACCCAAAUCAUGUACGAAAAUAUUCAUCACAUAAAUUAUAUAAACUUCGUAAAUGUUGUGAUAAUGAAAAUAAAUCAAAUAGAUAUAUUUUGUAAUUAACCAACGAAUAUAUAGUUCAAUUAGAAUUUCUAAUGAUGAUGUUAAAUCAAGGCCAUGAUGAGAAAAUAAAACGAUGAAAUGAACUCUAAAUUAUAUGUUUUUAAAGGUGGAUGUUCAUACUUUACUUUUCUAAUUGAUAGAAAAUAUUUCUCAUAUUUUAGACUGUAUUAAUAGAAUAUAACAAGUAAUCAGAAUGAGAGAAACACUAGAUUUUUUGUAUGAUGAAAUUAAUUUAUCAAUGAAUUUGUUUUUCUCUUAACUUAGAUUUCUGUAUAAUAAAGUUUAAAACU